UUUUCAAGUGCAGACGAUUUCUGAGGUGAGAGAAGUAAUUGUCAGAAGAAAAGAAAAAUGGCUUCUGUGGAAAGCUGGAUUUUAGCUGUUGCAGUACUGGUUAUCCUUUUAAUAUAUGGGACUUCAACUUUUGGGUUUUUUAAAAAGCUGAACAUUCCUGGUCCAAGACCAUUGCCUUUUAUUGGAACUUUUCAUCAUAACCGUAAGGGCUUUUUUAAUUUUGACUUGGAGUGCAUGCAAAAAUAUGGAAAAGUUUGGGGUAUUUUUGAUGGACGAACACCUGUUCUUGUCACUGUGGACACAGCAAUGCUUAAAACAAUAUUGGUUAAAGAGUGCUUUACCAUUUUCACCAAUCGACGGAAUUUUGGGCUGAAUGGAAAACUAGAUGUUUCUCUCACAGUAGUCGAGGAUGAUCAUUGGAAGAGAAUCCGCAGUGUGCUAUCACCAACGUUCACCAGUGGAAGAUUAAAAGAGAUGUUUCCUAUUAUAAAGCGCUACAGAGAUAAUCUAAUAAAAAAUCUGCAGAAGAAAGCAGAUGCCAAAGAGCCUGUAAUGAUGAAAGAGAUAUUUGGGGCCUACAGCAUGGAUGCAAUUGCCAGUACUUCAUUCAGUGUAGAUCUCGACUCCUUAAACAAUCCCAAUGACCCCUUUGUCAUCAACAUUAAGAAAGCUCUCAAGUUCACCAUCUUUAAUCCAUUAUUUCUCAUUGCAGUUAUGUGCCGCUGGCUUGUCCCUUUAUUGGAGAAAUUUGAGUUUAGCAUGUUCCCAUCUGAUGUGACUGAAUUUUUCUCACAAGUUGUCCAACAAAUCAAGAGCAAAAGGAAUAAAGGAGAUAGACAGGAUCGUGUAGAUUUUCUUCAGCUAAUGAUCGAUACUCAGACAUCAAUGCAAAGUUCAGAGUUAAGUGGACUGGAUUAUUCUAAGAAAGGUGAAGGGACUCAAGGUCUAACAGAUAGAGAAAUUUUGGCACAGUCUAUUCUCUUCAUUUUUGCUGGGUAUGAGACCACCAGCAGUGCCCUCUCAUUCCUGUCAUACAUUUUGGCCAUCCACCCAGACAUACAGACAAAACUACAACAAGAGAUUGAUGAACAGUUUCCUGACAAGGGCCAAUUAACAUAUGAUGGUCUGAUGCAAAUGGAAUACCUUGACAUGGUGAUCAAUGAAUCGUUGAGAAUAUAUCCAAACGGUGGACGCCUGGAAAGAGUCUGCAAGAAAACUGUAGAUGUAAAUGGUGUGACCAUUCCAAAGGGUACUGUUGUUAUGAUACCUCUUUAUGCCCUGCAUCGAGACCCACAGCACUGGCCAGAGCCAGAGGAGUUUAGGCCUGAAAGAUUCACUAAAGAAAACAAAGAAACUAGGGAUCAAUAUGCUCAUCUGCCAUUUGGGACUGGUCCCCGAAACUGCAUUGGAAUGCGAUUUGCCCUUCUUAACGUGAAACUGGCAAUCACAUCAAUACUACAGAACUUUACCUUUGUACCAUGCAAAGAAACCCCGAUCCCACUGGAACUAGAUCCUAAAGGUUUUAUGACUCCCAAAAAACCUAUUGUUCUAAGCAUUAUUCCCAGAAAGAGUACAGAGGAAUGAAAACUGAAGACCUGCAACAGUCCUGGCUGAAAUACAUAACCUGAUCACCAUUUACAUUAUGUUAUAACAUCAUCUAUACUAUAACCAUGCUACAAAAAGUAUUAAAUGCGUUAUUUCUUUUUACUCAACAGUUUCAACACAUAGUGCAAAGAGCCAGAUAUAGGGUUUAAAGAAUCACUUGUAGGAUACAGUGUAGCAAGUCCUAAGUCUAUUCCUGUACCAGCCUACUUCCACAACUGAUGCUUAGCAGUAGUGGACAGAGAAGAAGUGCAGAAAUAUUUAACAAAAGUACGGGUCACUCCAUAUGGGGACUGUCACAUCCACGCAUCCACUUGUUAUUUAUUCUAACUCUGAUAUUAUAUUAUCUUUAGUCACACUCUGUUUUUAUAUGCAAAAAAAGGUACCUUGCACUCAGCUGUAAGAUGACAUGAACUUACUUCAGAUGGGUACUAGACAGAGUAUGGGUGGUACAUAGCGGCUUGCCCCCAAGCAAAAUCAUCUAUUGGAACUUUACAUCUAGCCUUAUUAUUUUCCAUUCUUGUGUACAACCCUCUUUGACAUGUUGUCAGUCAGUUUGGGACCAAAAAUAAAAAUGUAUGAAUAUGAAGAUGGAUGUCAUUUGCGAAUAUACACCAAGAGCCUUUUAGGUUCAUAGGUUCAUAGGUAAGUACUAGGCUAUCUGCCCAAGGGCAUUUAUAAGCCUAGCCAAAAUGUGUUGGCUUUUGCCACCCCCUUAGAUUA